AUGCUCCCAAUUUAUGAGAAUUACACUGACAGAAUAAUUCUGCCGCACAGGAUAUUUUUACUCCUUUAUAAUUUCAGAAUAUUAAAAAUGUUACCACUGCAUUCAGAAAAUUCGAGCAUUUCGGCUCAUUAUGCAGUUCAAGAAGAACCAAGUGAAGAGAAAUUUUUUAAUGAUGUUUCGAAUACCUCUAAUAUCAAUUCUUUGGAACAAUCGUGGCGGCAGCGGCAGAGACAGAGGAAGAGGCAGAAGAAGAAGGCAAGUACAGUACAUUCCAUUUGACGUUCUGUGAACAAAGUACAAUAACAAAGAGGCUCUACAAAAAAUUAUGAUCAUCUGUUUUGCAAAUGUCCUAUAUGACAUUUGGAAAAACAUACACAUAUGUUGGAUGCAUAUAGGUGAAUAUUUUCCCCCCUGUUUGAACGCAAAUUUUGUAGCAACAUAAAACGAACGAUGAUGCCAGAAAGGCAGAU